AUGAGGAAUGCUGCUUAUAACCUUGGUGUCGCAGAUGCUAUAAAAUCACAGAGGAAUCCGAAAUGCCACUUUUCUAAUCCAUAUUACUUUGCAAACCGACCAGCAAGUGCUGCUACUGUCACUGAAAAGAAAAAUGAGUAUACUAAGAACCUUCUCAAACAAAUAGAUGCCAAUAGUAAACUGGCCAAGAAAAAGAAAGAAAAUCAGAAAGUCUUGGAGCAACUAGAACGGCUGCAACUCAAACAAGAGAUUGAUGAACAAAAAGCUGAACUGAAGAAACAUCAAUCUGAGGAGAGAGAAAUGUAUAAGAAAGCACUGGAAUACCAGCUGAAACACAGGCCUUCCAGACUGCCCAUCUACGAGCCCAUGGGCACCUUCACCAACUUUGGGCAGAAUGAAAAGACCCUGGAGGCCGAGAAGCGGCAGAGAAAUAUUGAAUAUAUGAAGCAGCAGGUGGAAGCCGCUCUAGGCCACAGAAGACAGCUCAACUUCUGA